AUGGUUUCUGGAAGAAAUAACACACCCACGAUAGAUGAACUGAUCACACUCCACAAAUUUCGCUGGCUCGCAACCAAACCGGCAAAACUCCGAAAGAAUGGCUACGCAAAUGCACUGUGCUAUAAAAAUGAAAGUGGUUACACGGAAUACAAAAUUACAAACCUCAACGGUUUUCGACAAACGGUAGCAGGUGGCUUGUGCCGUCGAGUCCUUGAAGUUAAUGAGGCAGUCCACUUCGCCAGUCAACUUCAGUUUGCCACCGGAAGCAUUACGGGCCCAGUGAUCAGUCGGCUUCACAUAUGGCUUACCGAUUCGCUUCCACGUUCGUUCACUGAGCAGCGUGAUAUCGGAGCCAGUAUCAAGUUGCAACCGAACUGGGAUGUCGUUGAUACGAACCGUCACGAACUUCCUUCGGCAAGCAAAAUCAACUUUGAAUGUUGCCGUCACCGAGUUGGACCGCGAUUUGUGGGCUGCACGGUGGUGUGCGGGUGGCUGCAAUCUUUGAGAUCGACACAAAUCUUCUUUGUGGCCGCGACGACUGCACCUGGAACAUUUGUGACGCCUGAACCGGCAAUAACGAGCAAAAUGCCACUCACCGCAAUGCCAGCAACUCGUGGGAGGCUUACCCUGUCUUCGAUCGGGCUUCUUGUCGGAUUUCCUGGGCACGCUCUGAGGUCGCGGGGCAGCUUGGGGAGAAUGAAAUUUGUGAACCGUUCAUGCUCCGGUGUGCCGAGUUUUCGCAGCAAUAGUCUGACUUUCCAUCCAUCGUCAAAUUUGGAAAAAUCAGUUUUGAACAUGUCUUCGUACCGCUUGAACCAGGAGUCAAAAGUCGUUCACGUCAAAACAAACACCAAAGGUGCACAAAGGUCUAUUAACGCCCAAAACGAAAUCAGGAACAGUUGUACAGCGCUUCGUAUAUAUAGCGUAAGCGGCUAUAACUUUCUGGAAUUUCUGACGCGUUCUGGAGCUCCAUUGGCAACCGGCAUUUGGCCAAUACUGGGUCAUGAUUGGCUAUCUCGCCUUGAUGCCGGACCGGCAAGGGUCCCGAAUUUUGGGCCAACCUCGAGCGGGCCAGGCUUCUCGGCCGUAGCAGCGCCUAAAGCGUGCGGUAUACUCCGUAUGCCAGUUAACCGACUCCCUCGAAGGGCUGUUUUUGCACAACCGUGUGAAGGAUGGAAACGAGCCAGGGAUGGUUAA